AUGCAAAUGUCGUGGAAGUGGAUCCCUGGGAUGCAUGACCACGAGGCCGGCUCCUCGAUGGGGCGGCGCCGUGUGGCCUUGGUCAUUGAGACGCCGCCGGGGGCUGCAUCGCACAUGCGCGAGCGCACGUACGUCCCCAUCACGCAGUUUCGACAUUAUUGGGAGCAGGCCAUCCAUGUGCCAUGGCUGGACGUACACCUGCCAAACGGCCGGCAUUUGAAUCCAGAAAGGGUUACAGUGCCGGUCGUUCUGGCCUCCGGUCACGCGCGGGCGGAGGAGAUCCGUCGUCGUCAGGAUCUACUGCCCACCAAGUUCGUCCACGACCGGCCAUUUACCAAGGACUCCCCUACUAAGACAUGUGGUUCUACAACGAGCACGACCAGCCCCGCCGCAACAUGUGCUCCUGCGCCGCCGCUCGUGAGGUAG